CGCUCUCAGACAAGCAUUCGCCUUGCGCGAAGCUAAACACUCCAUGAUCCACUCCCACUCCCACGCUUGGAUGCCUGUAUGACUCUUCCGUCCAAUCGCUGUUCGCUGAAUCGGCAAGCAUUCCUUCUCGGACUUAGCCACCAUGACCGCUACUACUCUGCUCUUCGUCGCUCUUGUGCGGCGGUUCAAAUACACCGCAUGCCCUGCCCACGUAUUGCAUUCUCUCCUCUUCUCCUCUCAAGACCCAUGAUCCCCCAUAUACUCUGAUCAUGGUACAUCCGGAGAAAGAUCAAGACCCGGGGCGACAGCAACACAAUGGCCCCGCUCCACCAUAUGCCGAGGAGGAAUUUGAAUCCGUACCGCUGGACAAGGUCGGCACCGCGAAGGACCUCUCUGACUCGUCUUCAGAUGACAACAGGAUACACACACAUGCUACCACAAACGAAUCGGUAGUAUCGGGUCUGAGUGUGGCCACAGCUCCAGCUUCGCAAGAAAAGAGGAAAUGGUACCAAUUCGGAAGUUCGAGAAAGCCUCCAAUCCCAAAGACGAGGGAAGUCAGUCACGAAUACCAGGCGUCAUGGUUCAGUGUCCUCACUUUUCACUGGAUCGGUUCGCUUAUGCGGACUGGUUACAAACGUCCACUCGAAGAGACUGACAUCUGGUCGAUAAACCCCGACCGGAGUGCUCAUGUACUGAAGGUGAAGCUGAAUGAGAACUUCAAGAAGCGGUUGGACAGCAAGGACAAGCGACCGUUGACGAUGGCGCUAUACGACACCUUCAAAUUCGAAUUCCUGCUUGGUGGUUUCUGUCAGCUUAUGGCAUCAAUCCUGCAAUCGCUCGCACCGUUCGUCUUGAAGUACCUCAUUGCCUAUGCAGCAGAAGCAUGGGUUUCCGCCAAGUCUCACGGUGCCAUUGAUCCUCCUCCGAUUGCGCGUGGCGUUGGCAUCGUCAUUGGCAUUGUCGCCAUGUUAAUCAUUCAGACACUCUGCACAAACCAUUUCAUCUUCCGUGGUAUGAUGGUUGGUGGUCAAUCUAGAGGUGUGCUGAUCUCGGUGAUAUUCGAUAAGGCUAUGAAGCUUUCGGGCCGAGCUAGAGCUGGAGGGGAUAUCCCUGAUAUGUUUGGCAAUCCACCGUCAAGCAUUAAGCCAGGGUCCGAAGCAGAACGGAAAUGGUACGACAAGAUGCUUCGAAAGAAGAAGAAGGCAAAGGGCAAGAAGGAUGCUCAGGGUUGGAGCAAUGGCCGCAUUGUCAAUCUCAUGUCUGUCGAUACGUACCGCGUGGACACUGCCUCUGGCAUGUUCCACAUGGUCUGGACUGCCCCUGUCGCCAUCGCCCUCACGCUGAUCCUCCUUAUCAUCAACAUCACAUACAGUGCUCUUGCUGGCUUCUCACUCCUUGUCGUUGCUAUGCCGCUACUGGCACGCGCCAUUCGCACCCUUUUCGUCCGACGUAUCGCCAUCAACAAAAUCACUGAUCAGCGCGUGGCACUGACGCAAGAAAUCCUGGGUGCCGUGCGAUUCGUCAAGUACUUCGGAUGGGAACUCAGUUUCCUCGACCGGCUGAGUAAGAUUCGGAGGUCUGAAAUCCGCGGCAUCCAGUUCCUCCUUUCGAUCCGUAAUGCCAUCCUCGCUGUAGGCAUGGUCAUGCCUGUCUUCGCCGCCAUGAUUGCAUUCAUUGUAUACUCUGUCUCCGGGCACGGUCUCAACCCUGCACCUAUCUUCUCCUCGCUAGCUUUAUUCAACGGUCUCCGUCUGCCCCUGAAUUUCCUACCUAUGGUCCUCGGUCAAGUCAUUGAUGCUAUGUCCUCUCUCGAGCGCAUUCAAGAGUUCUUGCUUGCUGAGGAGGCCAGUGAUGAGGCAGUGUGGGAUGGAGAUAGCAGAUAUGCAAUCGAUAUCAAGAAAGCCGAUUUCACGUGGGAACAAGCAGCUAAGGAAGAAGAUAAGGGCACUUCUAAGAAGGGUAAGAAGGAUAAGAAGUCCAAGAAGGAGAAGCAUAUGUCUCUGGCCGAAAAGGAAAUGAAGCGGAUAAGCGACAGUACUCUCAUCGAUGACCAGCCAUUCAAGAUCCAAGGCGUUGACGUUCAAAUUGGCCGCAAUGAGCUUGUCGCAGUCAUUGGCACCGUUGGCUGUGGUAAGACUUCGUUCCUUGCUGCCUUGGCCGGCGAAAUGCGCCGUACCAGUGGCCAAGUCACUUUUGGUGCCACGCGAGCAUUCUGUCCACAGUAUGCCUGGAUACAGAACGCUACAGUUCGCGACAAUAUCGUCUUCGGGCGGCCCUUCAAUAAGAAGUGGUAUGACAUGGUCGUCGACGCUUGUGCUCUUCGCCGAGAUUUUGAAAUCAUGCCCCAUGGCGAUCAGACCGAAAUUGGUGAGAAGGGUAUCACAGUGUCAGGAGGCCAAAAGCAGAGACUAAAUAUCGCUCGUGCUAUCUACUUCAACUCGGACAUUGUCAUUAUGGAUGAUCCACUCUCGGCUGUCGACGCACACGUCGGCAAACAGAUCAUGGACGAAGCGAUCUGUGGUCUACUUGCAAACAAGUGCCGUGUAUUGGCUACCCACCAGCUUCACGUGCUCAACCGCUGUGACCGUAUCAUCCUUAUGGACCAAGGGCGGAUCGCUGCUGUGGAUACUUUCGAUAAUCUCAUGCAAGACAAUGCCACUUUCCAAACGCUCAUGGCUAGCACGUCUGUCAAUGAGAAGGAAGAGGAGGCGGAGCCUGCUGAGGCUGCUGCUGACGAAUCCAAGAAAACCGAGAAACUAGACAAAAAGAAGGAAAAGCAAGCCGCUCUGAUGCAAAAAGAAGACCGUGGCUCAGACAACAUAGCCUGGGGUGUUUACACUGCCUACGUCAGAGCAGCUGGUUCUAUCUUGGUCGCGCCUCUGGUGUUGUUUCUUCUCAUCAUCACCAACGGUGCUACUGUCGUUACAAGUCUGUGGCUCUCUUGGUGGACAUCCAACAAGUUUGGUUAUUCAGAGGGGACUUACAUCGGAGUGUACGCUGCUCUUGGUAUCUUCCAGGCUUGCUGUACGUUCUCUUUCUCUGUCGCCUGUUCCGUGUUCAGUGCCGAAGCUGGAAAGAAGAUGUUGGACGCUGCGAUUUUCCGUGUACUUCGCGCACCAAUGUCUUUCUUCGACACGACUCCACUUGGACGUAUUACGAACCGCUUCUCAAAGGAUAUUGAUACCAUGGACAACAAUUUAGGUGACAGCUGGCGUAUGUUCCUGAUGACCAUGUCGAUGAUCAUUUCAAUUUUCAUCCUCAUCAUUGCGUACUUCUACUACUUUGCUAUCGCUCUGGUCCCUCUGAGCGUAAUCUUCUGCUUUGCUGCCGCCUACUACCGGGCUUCGGCACGAGAGAUCAAGCGCCACGAGAGUGUUCUUCGAAGCACCGUGUUUACCCGUUUCAGCGAGGCUGUCAGUGGAAUUGCUACGAUUCGAGCAUAUGGCCUGGAGGAACAAUUUUCGAAUUCCACGAUCGAUGCGGUCAACGACAUGAACAGCGCUUACUUCCUUACCUUUGCCAACCAGCGUUGGCUAUCCGUUCGUCUCGACAUCAUUGGCAAUGCACUGGUGUUCGUUACUGGUAUUCUCGUUGUUACAUCUCGCUUCAACGUUGACCCGAGUAUCUCUGGUCUCGUCCUUUCAUACAUCCUAUCCGUUGUUCAGAUGAUCCAAUUCACCGUUCGUCAACUCGCUGAGGUCGAGAACAACAUGAACGCUACCGAACGUAUCCAUCACUACGGCACCGAGCUUGAGCAAGAGCCUCCUCUUCAUCUUGGCGACGUAUCAUCGAGCUGGCCACAGAGCGGCGAGAUCAAGUUUGAUCACGUUCAGAUGCGCUAUCGUGACGGUCUUCCGCUCGUCCUCCGCGACUUCCACAUGCAUGUCCGUGGCGGUGAGCGCAUAGGUGUCGUUGGUCGCACGGGUGCUGGCAAGUCGACCAUUAUGCAAACACUCUUCCGUUUCGUCGAGCUCUCCGGUGGCUCCAUAACCAUCGACGGUGUCAACAUCUCUACCAUUGGCCUUCACGACCUGCGCUCACGUCUAGCUAUCAUCCCGCAAGAUCCCACCCUCUUCCGCGGUACCGUCCGCUCCAAUCUCGAUCCUUUCAAUGAACACACCGACCUCGAGCUCUGGAACGCUCUCCGCCAGGCCUAUCUCGUCGAGGCCAAGACUGGCGACGAGAACAUCGACAACAAGAAGAGCAAAGACCGAAUCCAGCUCGACACGGCUGUCGAAGAAGAAGGCCUCAACUUCUCCCUCGGCCAGCGGCAACUCAUGGCCCUAGCCCGCGCCCUCGUGCGCGACUCUCAGAUCAUCAUCUGUGACGAAGCCACCUCCUCCGUAGACAUGGAGACUGAUGCCAAAGUCCAGGCCACCAUGGCCGAUGGCUUCCGUGGCAAGACGUUGCUUUGUAUCGCCCAUCGUCUCAAAACCAUCAUCGGCUACGACCGCAUUUGCGUUAUGGAUGCCGGCGGGAUCGCCGAAUUGGCACGUCCCUUGGAUCUCUUUGACCGGGGCGGAAUAUUCAGGGGCAUGUGCGACAAGAGUGCUAUCCGCCGCGACGACAUCAUCGCGGAGCAAAAGGCCAUGGACCGUGGCUUUGUGCCCGUCGAAGCGGGUUUCAGUCCGGCGUCUCGUGCACAUCCCACCGAGGCUGUCGAGAGCAUCUACACACACUCGCGCCAUACAUCGCGAGACGAGUCGCGCCUCGCAGACACGCUUGGCCCCGUCGCAGACCACCGCUUCAGUGGCAGCUCAUCUGGCUCUUCGUCAAACAGCUGCGACAGUCGCCAGCGCGGCAAGUUGCGAGGCCCCGUCAUUACGCGGCAAUGGAGCGAUUUCGCGUCACACGGGUUCGGUGAGGAACACAGUGAUGACGAGGAAGAAGAAGGAGAGCGGAAUGAGAUUGACAAUCUGGAUGCACUCGGGCCGGAGAUUGGGCAGUUGGGUGAUUCGCUGGGGCGAGUGAGUAGUCGGAGGAGUAGAGCGAGUGGUUAUGAGAGUGGCAUUGAGCGAUGAGCUGAAUUAAAGGAGCGAGACCUGGCAUUGCGCGGCGUUUCUUUUGGGGGGGGGGGAUAUUCUGAUGACGGGCCCAUGGAUACUGACUGAGGGUCUGAAAAUGACGAGUGCAUAGCGUAUAAUGUGCUUACGUGUGUGGAUGUAUGUGUAUAGCAAGCAAGCAAACAUCAUAGAGAGAAAAUAAUAUAAUGGCAUAUAUAUCAUGCAGGCUUUGGAUAU